GGCGUUCAAACUUCACUUACCCAAAACCUUCUCUACUUCUUUUGACGGGCAAAAAUAAAAAAAAAAGGGUGGGGCAAAAGAUAAGCACCAUGGCCGCCUCUAGAGUUUCUUCUUCUUUUUCUUUCUGCUCGAUUCCCUGAUGCCUAUACCAAAAGGGCUUUGAUGGAAGGGAGAUAGACUGGGGAUUGAUUCAUUUGCUUGAAGAUGUUUGUAAUUGAAUUGUUUUUAUUGGGAAUGGCACAAUAUACAAACCCACCAGCAACAAAAACCAUCGCCAGGGAGAUUAGCUGAGAAAUGGGAGAUUCUCUCCUCACGGCCCUUUCAAUGGAGAAUCACCACCCGUCCACGCUCUUGUCCAUGGAUUCCAGCGCCUCCUCACACGACGAUUUGGAUUUGGAGAUGAAUCGGCAAAUCAUUCUUCACCGUCCGCCGGAUAUCAAUUUACCCUUGUCGGCAGAGCGCAGUCCACCUCCACCUCCUCAGCCAUGGAAUCUGGACCCCUGUGAUAUUUUAGAUGUUGGGCUUGGUCCACAAGUUUAUGAGACCGAGAGUUUUCUUACCAUACCCGCAGCUGGAAGGAAAUGCGCCAAGCGGGUUGAUACUAUCUGGGGUGCCUGGUUUUUCUUCAGCUUUUACUUUAAACCUGCGAUGAAUGAGAAAUCAAAGGCAAAGAUUAUCAGGGACAGCAAUGGAGUGUCAGGGUUUGACAAAUCUGAUCUCAAUCUUGAUGUUUUCAUGGUUCAGCAUGACCUGGAGAAUAUGUACAUGUGGGUUUUCAAGGAGAGGCCAGAGAAUGCAUUGGGUAAGAUGCAGCUUAGGAGUUACAUGAAUGGGCAUUCUCGUCAGGGAGAGCGUCCAUUCCCAUUUAGUGUUGAUAAGGGUUUUGUAAGAUCUCACAGGAUGCAACGAAAGCAGUAUAGGGGUCUGUCGAACCCCCAGUGUGUGCAUGGGAUUGAGGUUGUUCCAUCACCUAAUCUCAUGGGUCUUGAUGAGGAAGAGCGGAAGCGGUGGAUGGAGCUCACAGGUCGGGACAUGAACUUAACAAUUCCACUAGAAGCAAGUGCUUUUAGUUCAUGGAGAAGCCUUCCCAACACAGAUUUUGAGCUUGAGAGGCCAGCUCCUCCAAUAAAGAGUGCCUUGAAUUCCCACUCAAAGAAAUUGCUUAAUGGUUCUGGCCUGAACUUGUCAACUCAGCCAUCUAACCAUACCAACGGCGAUGGAAUGGAUCUAUCACCUGUCAGCAACAAGAGGAGGAAGGAUUUUUUCCCUCAUGGGAAUGAUGAUGAUGGUUUCUUGGCUGUAAAUCCUCCCUCUGAUCGAAUUACAGAUAUAGAGAUCCACCCUAAUGAACCAAACUGGUUGAAUGACUUUAGCGGCGUAAUGAAGAAUGUCUAUGGACCUGUCACUGCUGCGAAAACAAUCUAUGAGGAUAAAGAAGGAUAUCUGAUCAUUAUCAGCUUGCCCUUAGUGGAUCUCCAGAGGGUGAAGGUUUCUUGGAGAAAUACUAUCACUCAUGGUAUCAUAAAGGUCUCUUGUAUUAGCGUAUCGUGCAUGCCAUUCACCAAGCGACAUGACAGGACUUUCAAGCUCACAGAUCCAUCUUCUGAACACUGUCCUCCAGGGGAAUUUGUUAGAGAAAUCCCACUUUCAACCCGAAUUCCUGAAGAUGCAAAUAUAGAAGCUUAUUAUGAUGGGCCGGGAUCUGUGCUUGAGAUUUUGGUGCCAAAACUACGUGUGGGGCCUGAAGAACAUGAGGUUCGCGUUUGCCUUCGCCCUCACCUAGGAGGCAAUGAUCUUAUGUUGACUUGAGAUGAUGAUCGUUUAUUGAGAAUUCUAUGGGUUGGUGCUCCAUCGUCUUACUAACUCUGUACCAUACAGUGUAUUCUAUGAAACGAAAUGUGUCUUCACACUUUUCUUGAGCAAUUUUUGUUCACCAACAACUGUUAUGGUAUUUGUUGUGUCCAUGAAUCGGGUCAGUAUUUUUUUUGUAACGAUUCUUGAUUUUUGAACUUAUAAUUGAUUCUAAUUACCUAGAAAUUAUUACAUUCUCAUCUAAAUUACCUUCUUGCAUGGCAUGGCAUGGCUAGGAUAUAUAUAUAUAUAUAUGUAUUACCUUAUGGAGCUUCAAAGGUACUGUAAUUUACAAGAACACUUAUUGGAGCGGGACGGUUUCCAUUUGAAAGGGAUUAAUACAGUGAGUUUUGUAUAUUCAGUUAUUUACAAUUCACAGGUAUAUAUAGGUUGUUGGCAUCAAUAUUACUGUCUCAAAAUUUUAUUUAUUACUUUCUUUCGUCUUCCCUCUAUACUUCACCUUCUGUUUUCAAGAGUAAAUAAAUAAAUGGAAAUCAUUAGCCUUUCAUCAUCUAUUUCAAGAUUAAGAUAAUUCAUUCUUUUUUAAUUUAAGUGGUUUUUAUUCUCAGCCAGGAAGUUUCAGCUCUUGAAAUCAGGUGCUGCUGCUGCUGCUUGGGGUAUUUAAACCAGCGUAAAGAUGCAGGGGACAGUUGUAGAUAUAGUUGAGUUGGGCAAAACAUCAUCUUCGAAUCUUCUAACAUUUGAAGGUUCGGAGAAAGCGGGUCUGAUUGCUGGUGACACUGAGUCAACGGUAAUUGUCUUUUUUGUGAGUCAAGGA